AUGUAUGUGCACAAAUCUAAAAUCGCCAGUCUGUAAUCGUGUGCAGUUGACAAUACGAUAUAAUUUUGAAAGGAGUUAGAAUAGGUAAUCCCUUAAUUUUGAGUGUAUAUGCACAAAAGGUCGCCUACGCGCUAACUAAUGUACGACACGCGGAAAAAAAUAUUACUACAGAAUACAAGAUUAAAGGAAAUUAAAAUAAUGCCAGUGUUACCACUGAUUUUUCUUUCGUGGUUGUAUCUGUCAAUUUGCGAUGGGUAUCGUUUGCUCGGACUAUUUCCAUUUCAAAGCAAGAGUCAUUUCGUCAUGUUUGAACAACUGAUGAAGGGCCUGGCCAGGAAGGGUCAUCAGGUCGACAUGGUCAGCAGUUUUCCAUUGAAAAAGCCUUAUCCAAAUUACGCUGAUAUCGUGACAGUGCCAAUAGAAAUGGAAUUUGUCAACAACAUUUCCUAUGAAAUAAUGAAGACUUAUUUGUCUAUUGAUUCGACGUAUGUUAUGGGGACACUGGGAGGAAACGAUCUUUGCAAACUUUUAAGAAAUCCAAAAAUAAAGGAGCUGGCGCAACCAAAGAAUCCGCCUUACGACGCAGUGAUAAUGGAGGUACAUGGCGCGCAGUGUUUCGGGAUUAUCGGCCACUUAUUGAAAGUUCCCUUGAUCGGGGUCAGCAGUACGUUGCUGCACCCAUGGCUAUCUCAGAUAAUCGGUCAACCUGAGAACCUGGCCUUUAUUCCGAACAUUUUAACUUUCACCGUCCCUAUAAAUUUUUGGCAACGUCUAUGUAACGUUUUGCGCACCCUCUACGACAAGUGGUAUUUCGAUUACUUGACGACACGGGUGCAAGACAGGUUGAUAAGGGAGAACUUUGGGCCAGACGUGCCGAGCGUACGGGAAUUGGAGAGGAAGCUGUCGCUGAUCCUCGUCAACUCUCACCUCACGCUACAUGGGAUACAGCCAAGGACACCUGCCGUGGUGGACGUGGCAGGGAUCCAUAUCCAUGCUGAGGAUGAAAUGUUGCAACCCGAACUAAAGAAAUGGAUGGACGACAGCAAAGAUGGUUUUAUAUAUUUCACCUUUGGCUCGAUGAUGCUGAUCGAGACGUUUCCACGUGAAUUCUUAAGGGUCCUUUUCGCCUCCUUAGGCAAAAUAGCACCCGUACGGGUUUUAAUGAAGAUACCAGCUCCGGAGAGGCUGCCACCAGGUUUACCUAAAAAUAUUCGUACGUCUCCUUGGAUGCCGCAGUUUAUGAUAUUGAAACAUCCUAAUGUAAAAAUCUUUAUCACUCAUGGCGGACUCAUGAGCACGCAAGAAGCGAUAUUGUUCAGUGUCCCUAUGAUCGGUAUACCGUUUUUUGCCGAUCAAUUUAUAAAUAUCAACACAUACGUCGCCAAAAACAUUGCCAUACGACUGGACGUCAGUACGAUUACCGAAAAAAGCAUGGAUGCGGCCUUAAAUGCAAUAUUAUAAGACCCUUUGUACAGAGAGAGUGCGCGGAAUCUAUCCCAACAAUUUCUCGAUCGGCCACUGAACGCUAUCGACACAGCUACUUAUUGGAUCGAGUACGUCAUCAGGUACGGCGAAAAUUCUCUGCGUUCGCCCGCGGUGGAUAUGACUUGGUGGCAAUUGUCUCUCGUCGAUGUGAUCGGAUUUCUCCUUCUUUGCGCAACAAUCGCUAUCGUUGGAAUAGUAUUCAUUGUACAAUUCAUGUUGAAGUUGAUGCGCAAAUAUAAUAAUACAUUAUAUUCAAAAAAGUUAAAAGUAAAUUACGGAAAAAUGCGAGUGUUACCGCUGACUAUCACUUGGUUGUUGUAUCUGUCAGUUUGCGAAGGAUAUCGAUUGCUCGGCAUAUUUCCUUUUCAAGGCAAGAGUCAUUUCACUAUGAUCGAGAGACUGAUGAAGGGUCUGGCCAAGAAAGGCCAUCAGGUCGACGUGGUCACCAAAUUUCCACUGAAGAAGCCUUAUCCAAAUUACACUGAUAUCGUGACAUUGCCAUUAAAUGUAGAGUUGGUGAACAAAGUGACUUAUGAAAAAAUGAAGAGCUAUCUUGAUGUGGAUACGACGUACUUUGUUGGGAUAAUGGGAGGAAACGAACUUUGCGAACUUCUAGCAAAUCCAAAAAUAAAAGAGCUGGUGCAACCAAAGAAUCCGCCUUACGACGCAGUUAUAAUAGAGGUUUUCGGCGCGCAAUGUUUCGGUAUCAUCGCUCACUUAUUGAAAAUUCCUAUGAUCGGGGUCAGCACCACAGGAACGCUGUACUCAUGGCUACCUCGGAUAAUUGGUCAACCUGAGAAUCUGGCCUUUGUGUCAAAUAUCAUUUUAGGUUUCACCACCCCUAUGAAUUUCUGGCAACGUCUGUGUAACGUCUUGCGCUCCUUUUACGACAAGUGGUAUUUUGAUUACUUGACGACACGGGUGCAAGACAGGUUGAUAAGGGAAAACUUUGGGCCGGACAUGCCAAGCGUACGGGAAUUGGAGAGCAAGCUGUCGCUGAUCCUCGCCAACUCUCACAUCACGCUAAAUGGGAUACAGCCGUGGACACCUGCCAUGGUGGAGGUAGGAGGGCUCCACAUCCAUGCUGAAGAUGAAACGUUGCAACCUGAACUAAAAAAAUGGAUGGACGACAGCAAAGAUGGUUUUAUAUAUUUCACUUUUGGCUCGAUGGUUAUGAUCGAGACGUUUCCACGCGAGUUUCUGAGGGUCCUUUACACUUCCUUAGCCAAAAUAGCUCCCGUGCGAAUAUUAAUGAAGGUUCCAGCUCCGGAAAAACUGCCACCUGGUUUGCCCAAAAAUAUUCAUAUAUCUCCUUGGAUACCGCAGCUUAUGAUAUUAAAACAUCCUAAGAUAAAAGCCUUUAUCACCCAUGGCGGACUCAUGGGCACACAAGAAGCGAUAUCGUGUGGUGUCCCUAUGAUCGGUAUACCGCUUUACGCCGAUCAGUUUUUGAAUAUCAACACAUACGUCGCCAAAAAUAUUGCCAUACGACUGGACGUCAGUACAAUUACCGAAAAAAGCAUGGAUGCGGCCUUAAAUGCAAUAUUACAAGACCCUUUGUACAGAGAUACUGCACGGAAUCUAUCCCGACGAUUCCUCGAUAGGCCACUGAACGCUAUCGACACAGCUACUUAUUGGAUCGAGUACGUCAUCAGGUACGGCGAAAAUUCUCUGCGUUCGCCCGCGAUGGAUAUGACCUGGUGGCAAUUGUCUCUCGUCGAUGUGAUCGGAUUUCUCCUUCUUUGCGCAACAAUCGCUAUCGUUGGAAUAGUAUUCAUUGUAAAAUUCAUGUUAAAGUUGAUGCGCAAAAAUAAUAUUACAUUAUAUUCGAAAAAGUUAAAAGUAAAUUAAUCAUUAAUUAAAGAAAAAUAAUGCUUUUGUUUUCUAUUUAUAUUUCUGCAUAGAAAUUAUCGAAGAGAUCAUAAUUAUAUGUUUUUCUUAAUAAAAAUAUUACAGGAGAAUAUACAUAAAGAAGAUUUGCAUUUUUUUAUGUAUGCAUAAAUUGCGUCUCAAUGUUCUGUAACACAUAUGUAUUAAAUGUAAUAUAAUUUUUCAACUGA